AGUCUACUCCUCCCAUUGUGAAACAGAAACAGAAAGCACUCCUCGAACAGUCUACAGAACUGCAUGCAACAAGUUAAAAUGGGUUUAUUUUACAUUCUGGCAAACUGGGCCUGUUAUGCAAUGUUCUGUAUUUUCCUUCUGAUUGCAGGCACUUUCCUUGUUUAUUGUUUGUAUAUCAAACACAUUCACAUGAAAUAUGAUCAUAUCCCUGGCCCACCGAGAGACAGCUUUUUAUUUGGGCAUUCACGAACAAUAAUAGGAGAAACACAGAGUGGAAGAAAUGUCCACGACAAAUUCCUACAGUGGGCUGAAAUGUAUGGGCCAGUUGUUAGGAUUAAUACUCUUCACGUCGUUGUUAUACUUGUGACCUGUCCUGAGGCUACAAAGGAGAUCUUGAUGUCCCCCAAGUACCUAAAACACAAACUUGCUUACAAACGACUCUUUGGACUCUUUGGAACGAGGUUUCUGGGAAAUGGCUUGGUUACAGCUACCGAUCAUGAGCAGUGGCAUAAACAACGACGGAUUAUGGAUCCUGCCUUCAGCAGUCUGUACCUCAGGGGCCUGAUGGGGACCUUCAACGAGAGGGCAGAAAACCUCAUGGAUGAACUCACAAAGUUAGCAGACAGCAAAAGAGAAGCAAAGAUGCUCCAGUUGGUCAACCGUGUGACCUUAGAUGUCAUCACCAAGGUGGCCUUUGGAAUGGAUUUGGACCUCCUGAACAAUGAAUCGCCUUUCCCUAGAGCCAUUGACAUGUGUCUGAAAGGCAUGGUUCAUUCCACCCAAGACAUGUUUUUUGAGCUAAUGCCAAAGAACCAGCCGUUCAUCAAGGAGGUGAGGGAGGCGUGCCAGCUUCUGCGGACCACAGGAGAAGCCUGGAUCUCCAAACGGAGAACUGCAAUCCAAAAUGGCGAAAAUGUACCCAAAGACAUCCUCACUCAGAUCAUCAAAUCAGCUGGAAAAGAAGAGGAAAUUAACAAAGAAGAUGAGGAUUUUAUGUUGGACAACUUUGUGACGUUCUUCAUCGCGGGACAGGAAACUACAGCCAAUCAGCUUGCGUUCUGCAUCAUGGAACUAGCAAGAAAGACUGACAUUGUGGAAAAAGCGCAGAAAGAGGUGGAUGCUGUUAUUGGAAUGAAGCAGGAGAUUAGCUAUGAAGAUUUGGGAGAGCUGACCUACCUCUCACAGGUGCUGAAGGAGACCCUUAGGAUGUAUGCCCCCUCUCCGGGAACUUCUCGUGAGUUGCUGGAGGACCUGACCAUCAGUGGUGUUCACAUACCUGCAGGAGUUAUGGCCAUGUUGGACUCUUAUGUCUGUGGGAGGAUGGAUAAAUUCUUCAAAGACCCACUGACGUUUGAUCCGGACCGUUUUCAUCCAGACGCUCCAAAGCCUUACUACUGUUACUACCCCUUUGCUCUCGGACCACGCUCCUGUCUGGGACAGAAGUUUGCACAGAUGGAGGCUAAGGUGGUGAUGGCCAAGCUGCUUCAGAGGUUUGAGUUCAGUCUGGUACCAGGACAGUCCUUUGACAUCCUCGACACUGGAACCCUGAAGCCCAAGAGCGGGGUUGUUUGCAACAUUAAACACAGAAAUCCCAACAUGUGAAAAAUUUUUUUGCAAUGAACAUAUCCUGUGAAUGAGUUAUGUUACUAUUAAUUAUAGAUGUAGAGUAUCAACAAUUGACUCUGAAAAUAUACAGGAAAUAUACAGGUCAUUAUGGGUGAACUCCAUGAACAUAUCUCUCUCAUAUAAUAAGGCGGCCCAAUUAGGCCAUUUAAUUUCGCUUCCGAUUUUCCGCCAGUACGCAGAAUAGACCCAUAGAAGCUAUAUGGUCCUACUGAGGCAACAUGACCAGCAGAUGGCGAUGAUGGACUACUCAUGAGUAACCGUCACCAAACUUGCGGAUUCCUUGUAACUUCACGACGCUCCAUCACGGAUCUCACUCAACGUGUGAUUGUUGUUAUUUUGAUUUAUAUUUUAGGACUGGCAGGUAGGCCUAUUUGAACUUUGACACGUUUUCGUGCAACUGCUCAGUGUCUUGCAGCAUUAUCUUGCUUCUCAGCUCUAUCUGUCCAAGGUUGACUGAUAAGAGCUGCAUGGCUCCGUCAUAAAAGGACCCCUGACCCCUGCCGCCGAGGCCAGCAGAAGACCUCGACCCCAAAGUGAAACACAAACUUUAAAGUGAAGUGAUGCAUUGUAAGAUAAGGUGUGCAAGAUGCAGUUUGUUAUUUUCAGAUCCUAUAGGCCUACUACUGCUUGUACUAACUAAAUUCUACUAUUAAACAAACAAAUAUUUGGUA